AGGAUAGCUCGCAAUUCUCAACUGCAGCUGUACAAAAACUACUGCUUGGCGUGAAUGUGUAGCAGUAUUUACUGCUAAUUUACCAUUGAAAUUUCAAGAUUUUCUAAAGAAUCGUGUCUUGAUCGCAGGAUUGAAAGACAUGGGAAAAAGUAGAGCAGAGCCUGCUUACUAUGCCGUCGCUCGUGGACGUAAAACUGGAAUUUUUAACUCUUGGGAUGAUACUGUUCCCAACGUUUCUGGAUAUGCUAAUAGUCGCUAUAAAAAGUUCAAAACAUUAGAAGAAGCCAAAGCGUUUUGUAAAUCAGAAGGUUGCAAUAGCAGUCCGUUGAAUCCAUCUUUGACCGCAUCGUCAUAUAGCAAGUCUCGUCCUAGUCGUCCCUCGUAUUCCCCUUACUCUUAUUCUCAAAAGCCUUCUUAUUCUUCCAAUAAAAAUGGCUUAUCCUCUGAAAACGAGUCUUCUACAAAGCAUACUUCUUUGGCAAAACCAUAUUCUCCUUCAAGGCCCUCUGUUCCUUCUCCGUAUCAUAAAAAGACCGGCGCUUCCAAUCCUGAAAUUGUUUACACUGAUGGAUCAAGUUUAGGAAACGGAAAAUUUGGUGCUGCUGCUGGUUGUGGUGUAUACUUUGGACCAGGAGACCCAAGGAAUCUUUCCGAACGACUUAUUAUAGGCGAACAAACAAACAAUCGAGCAGAACUUCAAGCAAUAAUUCAUGCCUUAGAAAAUACGAGUGGUGAUGUUAUUAUUCGUGCAGAUAGCAAAUACGCCAUCCAGGCUUUAACCGUAUGGAACAAGAAGUGGGAAAAAACAAAUUAUAUGACUAGUUCUUCGACUCCUGUUAAGAACGUUGACUUGAUCACUCGUGCCUCUCGUCUUAUGGAAGACAGGAAUGUGGAACUGGAGUACGUAGAAGGUCAUAGCACAGACUAUGGAAAUCAGCAGGCUGAUCUUCUGGCUCGAAAAGCUGCUUCUUUAUGAGUAUAUGGGUGCAAAGUGUUGCAUUGCGGCCUUUCGGGUGAAAUUACCACUUAUCUAAUAAACUUUUCCUUCGUGUAUUUACACCUACUUAAGGUUCAUUUCAUAUUUUUGAAUGCUUUCUUUUAUACAUGGUUCUGAUGAAAAAGUGAUGCGAUUAUUCGAGAAAUAAGUAUCUGUUCAAUUAAAAUAGUAAUGUACCUUGAUUUUACUAUUACCGUUCCCUAGCUCGCUUGUUAUCGCUUUUUUCCUGCUCUAAUAUUACUCACUGGUAAUUUCGUCAAGACAUACAAGCAAUGAAUGCAGUAUGGUUCAUGUUGGGAUUGAUGAUUGACAAUAAUCACAAACUGAGAGUAAGCAGUUUAUGCGACCAUGGCAUACUAAAUUUCGAGCGUUUAGUGCAAGGAUGAGGCUUAUAGCGUAAAGAUGAGAAAUCCUAAUGAUGACAAGAUUUAAUUUAGAAUAUCUGCAUGACAGUCUCAACUACAAGGUUAGGUUUGACAUGGAUUGUGUUAUGUGGCACUCCUUAAACUCUUCAUGACUAGAUAGUGAUCUAUCAAUGUCGCCUAUUUUUACGACUUGGCAUUUAGAGGUCGUCCGUCUAUGUUGAUGUAUCGAGUUAUCCAUGUUGAAAGAAUCAAGCAUGCUUGUACAAUCGUCUACCCAUAUAUUUAGUCUUUGUUCUAUUCACUAUCAUAAGCUUUUGGUUAUGAGUUCUAUUCAGGCUUGAAUUUGUAAGGUAUGCUUAAGUUGAGUUUUAGUAACUUUUGCGUUUUCUUUAUUUUUUAAUGAUAUACAUACAAAAAGACACUAAACCAAAAGUAUAACUAAUUUCAUUCCCGUUGAUAUAUUAUUUAUUUAAGACUUAAAAGAGAGAAAAGCGGUUCAUUAUCACACUGAGACAUUAUUAGUAGGAAUAAAUAAUUAUAUUUACCAAGACAUCUCAUCAAACCGCUGGAGCACAUCAACCGAUUGUUUAAGCUUUUUGAAUUCGGCAAUCCUCAUGUAGAAGAUAGGACAAUCUCUACUUGAACAGAUAACGUCUUGGUGCAUGCUUCCUUGACAUCUUUGGCACUGCGUCCAUAAUCUAGCAAACCUGAUUUCUAAAUCAUUGACUUGCCCGAUCUGGCGUUGGUAUAAUUCGGCUGAUCGGUUCAGACAAUUGUCGCAUAAUGCCGCUUUACUCUUUUUUAUUGGAGCUUUGCACCCUAAACAUGUCUCAACUUUAACAGCGAACUUCAUGAUUCCGCCAACGCUAGGCGCUGCAACCGAAAUAGUCCUUGUGUGAUCUCCAUGAAGCAAAGAACUAGCCUUUUCUCCUAAAAUAGGCUCAAAAAUACGAAGUAGAGGUUUCGAAAGUUGGUUUUCUAAAUAAUACUUUGCAUCGAUGGGAAUGUUAUUUUCCAAUACGUAGAUGGGAUCUUCAGAGCGCAUGUAAAAUUGAUCACCUUGCGCACCUUUGAUAAUAACAUAAGCAACACGAUCUCCAAUUGCAGGUGCUGAAC